GGCGGCGGGAGAGGCUCCGUGUGCGGGUGCGGGAGGCGGGCGCGCCGGGGCCGGCCGGCGGCGGGCCUGGCUGCCCGCGGUGUGUGAGGGCACGGGCAGCGCAUCCCUGCCCUCCCGGGGCUCCCGGGAGUUGUACCACAGGGUAACCGGAGCCCGCGCACGGUGCAGGAGUGCGGGCAGGUGAGGGAGCGGAGCGCAGAUCACCCAGAAGACACAAUGAGCGUUAAAGCUUUCAAGCUCGUUUCUGCUGUUGAGCGGGAGAUGUUAAUGGGAGAUAAAAACUACAUCAACAUCGAGUGCAUUGAGUGUUGUGGGAAGAACCUCUAUAUUGGAACCAAUGACUGCUUUAUCUAUCACUUCCUGUUGGAUGAAAAGGUAUCCACAGCUGGAAAAAUAACUUUUGCUGCCACCAAGCAACUACACAAAUACCUGGGUUUGAAGAAGCCUGUGAGCGAGUUGAAAGCAGCCUCUGCCCUCACGAGACUGCUCGUGCUUUGUGACAACACGAUAACACUAGUGAACAUGAUCAACUUGGAACCUGUCCCCACUGGUGCUAGGAUCAAAGGAGCUGUGACAUUCACCCUGAAUGAAAACCCUGUGAGUGGGGAUCCUUUCUGCGUUGAAGUUUGCAUUAUCUCGGUCAAGCGCCGGACCAUUCAAAUGUUCAUGGUGUUUGAAGACAGAGUCCAGAUAGUGAAGGAAGUGUUCACUCCAGAGCAACCCUGUGCUGUGGCUGUAGAUGGUUACUACUUAUGCCUUGCCCUUACUACACAGUAUAUAAUUUUGAAUUACAAUACUGGCGUCUCCCAGGACCUGUUUCCUUAUUGCAGUGAUGAGAAACGGCCAAUUGUGAAAAGAAUAGGCAGACAAGAGUUUCUGUUGGCUGGCCCUGGAGGCCUAGGCAUGUUUGCUACUGUGGAUGGGAUUUCACAGCGCGCCCCAGUGCACUGGUCAGAGAACGUGAUUGGGGCAGCUCUGUGCUUUCCCUACGUGGUUGCUCUCGAUGAUGAGUUCAUUACAGUGCACAGCAUGCUGGACCAGCAGCAAAAGCAAACCCUGCCCUUUAAAGAAGGUCACAUUCUACAGGACUUUGAAGGAAAGGUGAUUGUUGCUACUAACAAGGGUGUGUAUAUCUUGGUGCCACUACCUUUGGAAAAACAGAUUCAGGAUCUUUUAGCUAGCCACAGAGUGGAAGAAGCCCUUGUUCUAGCAAAAGGAGCUCGAAGGAAUAUUCCAAAAGAGAAAUUUCAGGUAAUGUACAAACGAAUCCUGCAGCAAGCAGGUUUUAUACAGUUUGCACAGCUUCAGUUCCUUGAAGCAAAAGAACUCUUCAGAAGCGGCCAGCUUGAUGUCCGGGAGCUGAUCUCUCUGUACCCCUUCCUGUUGCCUACUUCCUCUUCAUUUAUCCGGUCUCAUCCCCCUCUGCACGAGUACGCUGACCUGAACCAGCUGACCCAAGGGGACCAGGAGAAGAUGACAAAAUGCAAACGAUUCCUCAUGAGUUACUUGAAUGAAGUCCGCAGCACUGAGGUUGCAAAUGGCUACAAGGAGGAUAUUGACACUGCUCUACUCAAACUGUAUGCAGAGGCAAAUCAUGAGAGCCUGUUGGAUCUUCUAGUUUCAGAGAACUUCUGUCUUUUAACAGAUAGUGCUGCCUGGCUGGAAAAACACAAAAAGUAUUUUGCACUUGGUCUCCUGUAUCACUACAACGGUCAGGAUGCUGCAGCACUUCAGUUAUGGGUGAAAAUAGUUGAUGGAGACAUUCAAGAUUCUACACGUUCAGAUCUCUAUGACUACAUAGUGGACUUCCUUACAUUCUGCUCAGACCAAGAGCUAGUGUGGAAGUACUCUGAAUGGAUUUUACAAAAAAAUGAAGAGGUUGGUGUACAGAUUUUCACUAAAAGGCCUUUGGAAGAACAGGAGAAAAACAACAUUAAUCCAGAUGAUAUCAUCAGUUGCCUUAACAAAUAUCCUAAAGCACGUGUCAAAUAUCUAGAACAUCUAGUACUGGAAAGAAAAAUACAGAAAGAGAAGUACCAUACUCAUCUAGCUGUCUUGUACUUGGAGGCAAUACUUCAGCUAAAAUCUGUGACCACAGAUAAUUGUACAGAAACAACUGAGCUGCUGUUGAAACUUCGCAGUCUGCUUCAGAAAUCUGAUCUUUAUAGAAUUCGCUUUAUUUUAGACAAAAUCCAGGGCACAGACCUUCAUAUGGAGAGUGCAAUUUUAUAUGGGAAACUAGAAGAGCACGAGAAGGCUUUGCAUAUCCUUGUCCAUGAGCUGAAGGACUUCCAUGCUGCUGAGGAGUACUGUGUGUGGAACUCUGAGGGCAGGGACUCGCAGUACAGGCGGAGGCUGUUCCACCUGCUGCUGUCGGUGUAUUUGGCGCCGGGCGCCUCGGACUGCGCGCUCGUCGUGGCCGCCGUGGAUCUGCUCAAUAACCACGCCGCGGAAUUCGACGCAGGCCUGGUUUUGCAGGUGGUGCCUGACAGCUGGUCAGUGCAGCUCCUCUCCCCAUUCCUGGCUGGGGCAGUGAGGCAAAGCAUUCACACAAAAAGAAUGACUCAGGUGGCACUUGGGUUAGCACAAGCUGAAAACUUAAUCUACAAGCACGAGAAGGUUAAACAAAAAGGAGCCCCGAUUCUUCUUUCAGACAAAAAGGUUUGUCAGGUGUGCCAAAAUCCUUUCUGCGAGCCUGUGUUUGUCAGAUACCCCAAUGGGAGCAUGGCCCACACGCACUGUGCUGCAAACAGACAUCUCAAUUCCAAUGUGACUCCUCACUCUCCCAGCUCCAGCAAUCAGACUUGAAAUAUUCCCACAGUUCCCAUGACUUGUACCCCGUUGAAAGUGGGCUGGAAAGAAAAAAGUGCAGCUACUUUAUGUAUAAAUCAAGGUGGACAGCUAGUUUUUGGGUUAAUGGGAAGACUUCCAGUAAAUAUAAAAUACUGCUACUUCUUUUUGAUUCCUAAUGAAUGUAGAUAGAAAAUUCACUACCACACAUGGAGAGGUGCAAAUAUGGGCUCUUCUGUGAAUAGGAGUAAACACUUAAGGGAAAAGGAGCCUUUUCUUCACAGUGAGGAUGAAUGUUACGGAGUGAAGGCAAACAGUCAUUUUAAGAAUUGUCACUUUGCACUGACUGUGGUGUUGAUAAAUUUGUGGAGGGGAAGAUGACAUUUAUUGGAGUUGGAAUUCUUGAAGAGUGAUGGGACAGGAUUGGCAUCGUGCAGCUUACUAUGAAGACAGAGAUGUGCAUCGAUCUUAGUGCUUGCUGCAGCAUGUCUUCUUUUGGGCUGGAUUAUCUUCCACAGGAUCACAUUCUCAACUUCAAUUUUUUGCUCUACAAAAUGUUGGCUUUUGAUGCACUUUUUAGUACCUCCCUCCCAUCCACCUUCUAUAUGAGGUUUAAAUGUGAGCACUGUUCUGUUAGGUUUCUGCUCCUGCAGGUACUGUAAUGUACUAAGUGGAAACCAAUAGCCUCAAUCACACAGGUGAGCUUGGAAGAAAAGAGAAAGAAAGUUUGUCUGGUCAGACUGUAGUCACUUUUAUGUGGGGAAAGAGGCCCUGACUUUAAUACUGAUUUAUUUAUUAAUAUGCAAAUAUGCUGUACAUACAGUUGAAUAAAUUGAUCUUAUAAUUCUAGCAUUUCUUUGGAGGAUUAAGAUGUAGCUGAUACAUUAAUGUACAGAUGAUGUGCUAAGUGUUUGCUAUAACAUAACUUAGGUUGGAACUCCACAAAAAUAGGUUUUAGUGCUUAUGGAUGACUUUGUGCAAUCAAAACCACAGAGAGAAGGUAUAAAAUUGUAAGAAAUCUACAAAAGUGCACUACAGGGGUAGUGGGUUUUUAUAUUCUACUAAAUAUUCUGUGAACUAAAAUUUUUCAAAUAACACAAACCCUUUACUUAACUGCCCUCAUAUGUAUUCACAUUGCUAUUUAACAAUUUUAAAGUGGACUUAAAAGAUGUGACUUCCCCCAAGAGAGGUUAAAAAAUGACAACUUUAAAUAAACUUAAGUACUGCAAACUGAAA